CUUAGCUGGGAUUAGUUGAACAACAAUGCUUGCACAUUUGUGUUGUGUGCUGUUUUUUAUAACUGUACAUUUUUCUACAAUCCAAUGCGAGUUAACCUCAACAGAGGUAGAGACAGUGUUAAAGCAAUGUCAAACAAACAUAAACACGUCACAUGAGUUGGACAAGAACGACAAACUACUACUGGCGAACUGGACAACGGAAUUUCAGAUGAAGCAAGUGAAUAUAACGUCACACUACAGGCUGGAGAUGACGCGACAUAGAGAGCAUAACUUUAAGAAAGUUAGUUUGAACACUAAGUGGAAGGAAUGUUUAAGAUUACACAACAAAGAAAUUAGAAAUUCUAAGCGAUCUUACUUCGAGAGAGAGGCUCAAUGCCUCAAGGUCGCAAACUCUGCUGACAGAGACAGAAUGAAAGCUGUUAACCAAGUGGAAAAAGAGAUAAGGAAAUGGCGUAAAAGUUACAAAUAUCUAUCGAAUUUAUGUGAAGUUGAUAAUCCAGGCGACAAAGAGACUGCUGAUCGGUGUCUGGCUGAGUAUAUAAAAAGAGAUAACUACGAUUCUACAUUUGAGAGACUGAUACUUUUGAAGUUAGACACAAUGUCAGAUCUCUUGGAUAAAAUGAAUAAUUGCCUUAACGAGCUCGAAGAAUGUCUAAGGUCGAGUUUCUCCGACAAUUUGCAAAACAUUAGAACAGUUAUGAAUGUUUUAGGACUGUGUUAUAAUAGGAUUAGAGAAAGUAAUAAAUGAAGAAAGGGAAAAACGGCCCAAUUCUGAAACGAAUAAAAACUUUGUAAACACCGCUUACAAUAAACGUCAAUAUUUUAUUGGAUUUUGUAAUUGAAGUGGGGCUUUACUUUAAAUGUUGUUUCAAUAUUGAGCCGUUAGACUCUCCAUCAAAUUAUUGUUAGUACAAAAACAAAUGUUACAGAUUAAACCUUGUUUACUUGUUUUUAAAACAAGGCUUACAUAGUUAUGGGUAAAUUGGGAUGAGGUUUUUUAGAAAUCGUGAAAUAAAACGCAGUUAUUUUUUAAAAUUUGUAUAUUACUAAUUCGUUGUUUUAAAUACUUUGCAAAUAUAAAAAAUAGGUAUAUAUUUACAUUUUAUUACUAUAAAAUAAAUUUAUUUGUACACUUUACAACGUAUUACUAUGGCAAUAAAAUUAGGGUUUCUUUUUUAAAAUCUGUAUUUGUGUUUUUACAAAUGUGUUAAAACAUUGGUGUCGCCAAAUGGAUAGAUGAAAAAAAAAAAU